GAUUUUACGGAAAAACAUCUUAUUCGGUCAAAAUAAUCAGAAAAAUGAAGUUCAUUAUAGUUUUAGGGGUGAUUUUGGCUGUCGUCACCGCCAGACCGUCUCCAAGUUCACGAAGGCGCCUAAGUAGACUCAGUCUACAACUUGUUGAAACCGAUGAUGAUGAUGAGAUCGUUAAUAACGAAAAGUACGAUCAUCGGCACAACGCUCAUCAUCUCACGCCGUCUACUGCAACGAAUCGAGCAGAUCGUGCAGGCAAUGAAGCGCUUCGAGAAAGAUUAGAGCAGGAAGAAAGAAGGGAAAAUGAACAACUGCGAGCAAGGUUAGAACGCGAAUUUGAAUCCGCUAAAUCGGAAGCGGAAUCAAACGCACAAGUGGCUGCGGAAGCAAAAAAUCUAAGAGAAAACACUAAACAGUCAUCAGAAACCCAACAGACCCAAAACCAGAAACCGGAAGUACAGCCAGAAGUGAAUCAGGUCCCUGAACCACAAAAGUCAUCGGAGGUCUCAGAACCUAACGAACCUAAACAAACUGUUAAACAAUUUCCAGUUAAAGCUACUACUCCUUUGAGAAAUUCUGACCUAAGGACUCCUGAUGUAAAUGAUUAUAAUGAUCAGUACAUGCAGCAAGUACCAGUGCACAUGCCAAUAACUGUGGCUGCUCCUGCUAACUCACAAGUGCAGCUAGCUCAACCGGUGCAAGGCUCAGCAUCGAUAGCUUCAUUAUUGCAAAGAUUGAGUAACUUAGCCACGGGACCGAGUAAAGCAAGUCCUACUCCGCCUCCUUCGAACCCUACGAAGUACAGAAACCGCGGCGCAGUUAAGGUUCAAUACGUACCGAGCAGUAGUUCCAAUCCUGAUGCACGUUAUUUAGGAUCACUGCACUUCAGAUACAUCGCACCUAAUGAGCUGCAACAAUCACAACAAGUGAAUCAUGAAAACAAAGGAGAUGCUAAAAAUCUUUUGUUGUCCAGCUUCAAUCCCAGAUAUUUCACAGCGUUAAGAAAUUAUUUGAGAAGCGCGGCAGAGUUACAAGAUUUGGCGCAAAAGGCGGCGCAGCGGUCCGGUCCAUCUUGGAGAAAUUCUCAAUAAAAAAUCGAGUCUAAUGAUGCAACAUAGUAAAAUGACCAAGGGCAAAUCUGAUACCGGCAAUCGAACUUAAUGUUUAGAUUAGUUAUUAUACUUAUGAGUUAAAUUCAAACCGAUGGUAAUAAAGAUCGAUGCUGCA